AUGCCUGGGUCAGCUGCAAUAUUAUUCAGAUGCCUCAAGGAUAGACGGCGAUUUCUUGGCUUGGAUUGGUUCUUCAUCCGACGCUCUCAAAUGAACAGCGUGUCCAGUUCACACAGAGCCGGUAGAAAGCCAAUGCUCGUGGCUUCUGAUCAUGGGAGUCCCCUCAUUUGGCGAAUAGAGAAUCCCUCGUUCGUCACUUCUUCAAUGUAUUUGUUUGGGGUAGGUGUCGCUGAGCGCGUCAACCAGCUGUACACUGCCGUAGGAGUCAACGCCCCUACUCAAGCUCCACCAUGCGCUGGCACCCUCAGCGUCCCAUCUGCGGGACGAAAUCUUCAGUCCGUCUCCUGA